AUGGAUGGGCACAAUCAGGACCGACGGUGCAGCCAAAACACCGUGAGCAGCUCCCAGGAGUCGAUAUAUUCAGCCGUUGGUUCAGCUAGCUCGCAAAACGAGCUGCUCUCCGGUGUAGCGGCAGGCCGAUACCGCCAUGGGCAGCAGCAACAACAACCGCUCGGGCUGACCGCGCAGGCGCGCACCCUCGAAAGUAGUACAGGUGGUGACAGCCAAUAUUACUCUGAUCCGAUGUCAAGCUUUUCCAGUUCUACAAAUUUAUCAGCCGCACAAAUGUCUUACGGAUCAGGCUACGACCCCAGUGGCAACGAUGGCGCUGGAGCGCGACAGCAGCAGCAAACAGUAGGGUUUGGCAGCUACAACGCAAGCAUGAUGAUGUACAGCGUACCGCAAACGAACGCACAAACCUCGAUGUAUAGCACCUCGCAGUACGCCGCCUCAGUGUCUUCAAGAAAUAACCCCAUGGCAUCCACGUCGCUGCUAUCCAGCCAGCCAGACGUGAAUCCAGCUUAUUUUGAGACGGCAGAGGUUUCUCCUGGGACGACCUCGCUAGACCCUGCCACCGCCAGCGCGUCGACGACGGCAUACUACCAGGGCAUUCCUGCCACGUUUCACUACGCAGCUGGCGCAGCCCCAGGAAGCAGUGGUGACAGUGCCAGUGGCAUCAGCGGGCUCACCGGGGCGGAAAGCUUCUACCAUCUCGCCGAUCCAGGUGUGGACAGUUCUGCCGUGAUGGCCGAGACUUCCGCGCCGGAUAGGACGGCUGAGUUUGAAGAAAAGUGGAAAGACUAUCAGCGGCGUCUAGCCAACGUCUUUCAAGACAUUACAAACGGAACUCUGGAUCGAGCAGCUGAUGGCCUCCUGGGCGUCUCCUUUUGGCUUUUGUCCCGAGUAGAAGAACUAGGCCUAACCGACGACGACGAAGACCUUCACAAGGACCGCCUGAAGCUAUGGCAAGACUUCAACCACGCCUGGAUUGCGCUUAUUUUCAAGCAAAAGCAGUACAUGCUGCGAGAGUUGGGUGACACCAUAGUGCUACAGCCCUUGUCAUUACGAAUAGUUAAGAGGAUGGGUGACGAGCUGAUUCGCCUCUGUGACGGCAUCGAGCGUCAUGGCCUCGUGGACUACCAAUUCGGUGUUUGGGAGGAUGAAAUCGAAUCAUUGCUUGAGGACUGCGUCAAGCUAUUUGAGGAGAGAGAAAAGGAAUCUGGCCGCCGGGACCAGGCCAAGCGUAAUGGAUAA